CUCAGCACUGCAUGAUCCACCCUGCUGUUGGAGAUCAGUGGAAGAUUAAGAUUCCCAUCCUGUUCAUGACCAUUGAAGAACUACAUGAAAGAGGAACCAAUGGAUUCCCUGGCCUCUCCUGUUUGCCUCAGGGCCAUGCUUGCCAUUAAGCAUCUGAGCAAGGUGAAACCCUCACUGAAUCUUGAUGAAAACAUAAACAACCUUGAUGACUGCCUCAAGUGUCUGCUGUCUCUUCCAGCUGUGCUGCAGCUGGGGAAGGAGGAUGAGAUGUCUCAGGACUCUUUCCAAAUACAGUCCAUGACCAUGGAUUCAGCAGAGGAGGAGCUGAGAGGUCUCCAUAAGGAGCCCAAAGCCUCCAGCCCUGAGGCUGUGCUUAUAGGAUCCUCCCACAUGGUGAAGGUCAUUGGAAAAUACUUUCCAUCCAGCCAGGCCCUUUGA